AUGCAAGAAGCGGGCGGCUGGAAGUGGCGGGGCGGCUUGGUGGGCUUGGCGGCGGCGGCGGCGGCGGGGGUCGCCUACGGCCUUUACCGGGCGACUUCCAGGCGGAGCGGCGGAGGAGACUCCCCCGGGUCGGGGGGCUUGGAAGGGCGGCCGGACGACCCCGCUGGAGGGGGAGAAGCCUCGGGGGCUCCCGGGCUGCCCAGCCCCGACCUUUGGGGUCCUUCGGGGGGCGUCCCGCAAGAGGGCACCGAGCUUUCAAUAUCACCCCACGGCGUUCUUGAGCCACAUCAGAUUAAGAGUCUUCUUCAUCUACUGGAGUCUACAGAAGACAUUUUGCUUCAAGAACAGAUCUUGGUUACUCUGAGCAACAGCGCAGCCUUCUCUGUCAAUCAAGAUAUCAUUCGGAAUCUAGGUGGCCUGUCUCUGAUUGGAAAAAUGCUUUCAGUUCCCACCACCAAUGUUAAACAGAAGGCACUUAAUGCACUGAAUAAUCUGAGUAUGAAUACUAAAAAUCAAGAGGAACUAAAGAUCUAUAUUACCAAGGUGUGCGAGGAAGUGGACACAUCUCCUGUAAAUUCUGAAUUGCAGCUAGCCGCCCUUCGGUUCUUAACCAACAUUUCCGUGACAAACGACUAUCAUUACAGGAUGACCAGCUUCAUACCCAGUUUUCUGACGUUGCUGUUUGAAGGAAAUGAAAGGACUCAGGUUCAAGUCCUAAAAGUGCUCGUGAACCUAUCGGCCAACCCAGCUAUGGCAGAACCUCUGCUUAAUUCACAGGUAAAGCUAUUUUUCUUAUCUCUGUUUGACAGCUGCAUAAACAAAGACAUUUUGCUCAGGGUCCUUGCAUUUUCCACCAACCUGACCAGGUCCAUGAAAAAUGACAAGGGCUGUGCUAUCCAGAAUCGGUACAAUGAAGAUUCCAUUUUUUCUACUCUCUCCGGCAAUUCUCUGUAUACUCAGAAGCUGGCGUCCCUGCUACAUCAUUACGAUGCAGAAGUCAAAGAACAAGUUGCAAAGCUAAUAACGCAGCAGCGCUGAACUCAAGAGGUCAGCCUCAAUUAUUCCAUCUCCAAAAUCCUGAACAGCAUAAAAAGUAUAUAAAUGACGGCCUCCCAUAGCUAUUUUAUCGACCUGUGUAAAGUUUCCUCAUUUCUAACGGGGGAACUGUAUCCAUCCUGGACAUUUCCUUCAGCAUCUAAUGAUACUGCCCUCAUCU